GGAGAACCGAGCAGGAAGCAGGAAGAAGCCAGCACACGAUGUUGCUCUGUGUGCAUCAUAUGAACAAAAAAGUUGUGUUCUUGGCCACACCGGACUUUGGACUGGGUUCUGUGAGGAGACGAAGCAUGGAGGGCUGCUGGUGAUUUUUUAAAAAAUCCAAAUAAAAAGUCAACAAAAGGCUGAGGAGCUUUGGCGCCCAGCGAGAUAAAACCCCGAGAAGACAAAACUGAGGCAGCCGUCCAAACCCGGCUGGUAUCUAGCCAAGCCGCCUGACGCCAGCAACAACAAACACUUUUUGUCCUCCUGCUUGUAUCGUCCAAACAGAACCAGAACCACAGGGCGGCCAAGCAUCAGAACCGUGAGGAGGAUUAAGAUGAAAGUCCCCUCCGGCCAGAACUCUUCCUCCUCCUCCUCCCUGAAGUGACAGCACUAAUCACUUCUUGUCAGGUCCAUUUGGUGCCGCCCGCCUCUGACCCGACUCGACCCGCCGGGUGAGCUAAGAGAUGACGCUGUGUGCGGACGCGUUGUUGCACAUUGAACGGUUCUAGAAGGACUCUGACACCACCAGUACCGGGGUCCAAUUGAAGAGAGGAACCACAAUGACGGCAUCAUGUGACUAGUAGGAAAGAGAAAGUCUAGAGUGUGGGACCUUGGUCCUGGUUCUGGUUCUCUAGUUGGACUGCGCAGCCCCCGUGAGUCCAAUCAAGAAGACUAGUCUAGACUGUUGUGGGCAGGUGCACCUGCACAGAUGGCGGCCAGGGGGCGCACGUGUCCGGCAUGGUGUCAGAUGGCGAGCCUGAUGACGUCAUCAGUCUCAUUGUGAUUGACUGACAGCAGAAUGUCUUUUGUGAGUGUGUGUUGCUGCCGAGUGUGCAGAGCGCUAUGGGAUAUGACUACGGACAAACUUCAAGAGCUCCAUCCACAGACUUGGAAAAACACUCUGUCACUGUUAUCUUCUACUGGGGAAACCACCGAAGGAUUCUUCCUUGAGGAUCAUUAGCAGAACUUUCUGGUUCAGUUUGACCUCCGUGGAGGAUGAGGAGCAGUCAGGACGAACUCCUCUCAGUCUUCCCAAUGGCGAAACUUCAAGGGUCACUACUGCCUCCUUGUGUCAUACAGGGGAAACGCAUAUGGAGACGCCAUUUCACCAUAGACUCGAGUCUUUUUAAGAGUUCUAUACCCCCUUACCAUGGUGACAUAUGGAGACGCCAUUUCACCAUAGACUCGAGCCUUUUUAAGAGUUCUAUACCCCCUUACCAUGGUGCACAUUAGUCUCAGUUUAUUAAACACCUAUUUGUUUUUUCACGUUCUUAAUCAUUACAAGCAGUGAUUUUUACUUCCGUGUUUGUCAAGCAAGACGCGUCAUCAAGCAGGUUUAGCUCGGCUUCAAAUUAAAAUGGUGUAUUACAUAAAUGUCAGCAUUUGCCACAUUUCAGUGGCAGACAGCAAAAGCGCUUCACACAGGUGUGUAUUUAACCACAUUUUUGUGGUACCUCUUGUGUUUCUUUUCACAUCCGCUCAGAGAGAAAACGCCACUUUGGUUUUAUUUUGAAACAGUAAACGGAUGUAAUUAUAAAAAGCUUUUCUGCUUGCGAUUAGUGAUGGAAAUGUUGGCUCUUUUUAGAGAGCCGGUUCUCUUGCUUCGGCUCACUAAAAGGAGCCGUCUCUUUCGGCCCCUAAGUGGCUCCUCAGAUUUUUAUGUUGUCUUCAAUGAAUUUAUUACCAAAUUAUGUGCAUUGUGUAAAAUGAAUUACUAAUGUAAAAAUACAUUAUAUGAAAUGUUUAUUAUUUAAAUGAAUUUGUUAUGAACAGCUACAGAAGUCUAAUGUUAUACUGUAAAACACAAAAAGAUCCAUCUCAAAGUCAAAGUUCUUCAUGCAAAUUUCUAACUAUUUACAAUCAACACAACAUCAACAAAACUCCACACAACAAAACAUAAAUUAAAAAGCGCAAAAAAAGAAAAAGCACCAUCCAAGUAACAGUUGUGUCUUUACUGAUGACUGGCAUUCAAAUAAAAACCACGUGCCUCAGCUUUACGGGGCUGAUUUUUCCUUACCCUUUCUGUGUGGUGGCAACCUGUCUCCCUCCCUCCAGGCAACACUGACUGAAGUGAUGUGUCGGUCACGAGCGAAUCGGCUCCAAGGGCACCACAGCGUGUGUUUAACCCCACCCCUCCCCCUUCUCAGUGUGGACACAAAGAGGCCGCCACACAUCUUGACCAAUGGCAUUCGCCUUUAGCAGAAAAAAAGACGAGGAAAAAACUAAUCGGCUCUCAAUUGUCUCCCAACAACGUUAGCCGGCUCUGAGACCCAAUUCGUUCGCGACUGACACAUCACUACUUGACUGUUUGGCGGUUUGGCAUCAUCUGGUUUGUGACUGGAUCGAGAUGGGAUCCACCCCGGCUCACGCCGUAACCUGACACUGUGGGUGAACGGAAAGGGACUAGAGUAGUGUCUGGAAUCCCCAUAGAAAAGAAAUUGAUCAAGUUAAAGGGAAAAAUUAAAAGAGGAACUGUUACUGAGAUAAAAAGACUGAAUGCAUUUGGACGGUGGCGGAGCUACGUGGUGGCCACACCCCAUUGGCCAUCUGGACAUUUCAGGUAUCAACUUAUUGCCACAUGAGUAUUGUAAAUGUGAUAGUAGUAAUACUAUCAAAUGUAUCUGUGGAGGAAGUCAGAGGGUAUUCAGUAAGAAAACGGGCAUCAGAAGUCCAGAAAAUGAAAGUGGAAAGAAAUAUUCCAUAUGCAGAAGCAGUCAAAAUACAGCAACAGGAAAGCGAAAUGCAGGAAAUGAAUGAGAGCAAUAUCCCAAUGAGCACCAGAAGACAACAGCCAAUGGAUUACAGGAAUUCCCAUGGACAAACUGGUCGUUUUCCCUGCAUAUGUCAUCAAUUGCACGGAACAAGCGAAAAAUAAGACUGAAAAAAAUCAAGAUUAUUGUCAAAGCUGCAGCAAAGUUCUUAAAUAUGAAAGAACUAUCGUGGGGAAAAGUAUGUGGUGAACUACAACAGGUGGAGAAGUGUACUGGCAAAAUCAAUAUUUCCACUGGAUGAACUUUUGCUCUGUUUUGAUCCAAUUAUUUUUGUGGAAACUUUUCACUGUUUCUUCAGGUCGGCCUGUCUGCGCUAUCGCACAGCUGGCUUCUUUUGAAUAGCGGGAUUGUUCGACUCCCUUUUCGAUUUAGAAAAAAAGAAAAAGUUCCUCACACCUGUACCUUCCUACACUGUAUAUCUGUUUGUGUCUUUGUUCCUCGCACUUCUGGACAGACAGCGCUUUUGCAUAGACUGCCGUCUGUUCAGUGGUGACGAGGCUUUGAUCAUAAAAUACACAAAAGACAACUUGUUUCUGUGGACAGUCUUCAUUAGAAAAUUGACAAAACAACUUGGUGUCAGAAGUGGAAUCCCUGGAUCGACCUGCGGCCCGGCGACAGACGGUGACUGAUCGUCCGGAUCACCAAACUUGAUCUGCCUCCUUCCCAACACAUUCUGGACGGGAAGACUGCCCGAAAGCCGGACUCCGACUGGUUGCUAUGGGAUUCCACCGAACCCUCUUGAGGCCAAUCCUGAAUUAUAAACGCCGCGGUGAGCUACGUCAAUGGCGCCUCUUCGAGUGUUGUGUGUGCACGGCUACCGCCAGUGUGGCGCUUCUUUUCGGGACAAGACUGGUGCUCUGAGGAAGCUGCUGAAGAAACAAGUGGAGCUGGUGUACGUGGACGCGCCUCAUUGUGUUGUACAAGUCCAGGAGAAUGAUGUUGGUUCAGAUGCAGGCGGAGACCAGGACUGCAGAGGAUGGUGGUUCUCGGACCCCCAGGCUCAGACCUUCAGCGCCCAGCAGCAGUGCGAGGAGAGUUCUGGUCUGGAGGAGAGUGUGGCGGUUGUGAGGGAGGCUGUGAAGCUCCAAGGUCCGUUUGACGGCAUCUUGGGCUUCAGCCAAGGCGCCGCCCUCGUCGCCAUGCUGUGCGCUCUGCAGGAACAAAACGCCGAGCCCGACUUUCACUUUCGCUUUGCCGUUCUGGUCGCCGCUUUCUGCAGCGCCUGCACGCAGCACCAUAAGUUCUACUCUGCUCCCGUCCAGAUGCCAUCGUUGCACGUGUUUGGACUGGAGGACCGCGUCAUCCCUGACAGCAUGAGCAGGGAGCUCCUCCCCUGCUUCCGAGACCCCCACAUUCUCACACAUCCUGGCGGACAUUUUGUCCCGGCUGCUUCUGCUCACCGACAAACUUACCAGAACUUUUUGGAGGCAUUCCAGUGAGGGCAAACAUGGGAAGGAACACCAGAAACACUUGAUUGUGUAAACUGA